GUUCUUGAUACACCUAAAAACAUGAGAUGGUAAUGGGUUUGCCUAAUUAAACCUGACCUGCAGUUAAACAACAGUAGUAAUAACAAUGACACAAACAAUCAAUUUAUCUAGAAUCUCUCUUCUCGUUUCAGAGACAACACAUACAGAGACUAUUGAAACGUUGCUGAAGCAAUGUGGCGGUUUCGGUCCCUAUCAGAAGAAAAUCGUUUCUUUACUUGUCUUGUUUUUCCUCCUCAGUCCUCUACAAACCAUGAGUAUGGCAUUUAUCGGGGCCAAAGUUCCUUUUUCUUGUACUCCUCCGAAUUUCAAUUCUUCACUCGUGCCAAGAAAUUUUAGUAUAAAAACCUUCAAAAAUUUGCUGUCACCGGAAGAUGAUAGAUGUUCUGUUUAUGAAAUUAACAUGGAUGGGGAUUAUUACCAAAUACCAACAAAGAAUUCAACAAGAAUGCAAUGUAGCCAAAACAGAGAAUUUUAUACUGAAGAUAUAUCAACGGUUGUAUCGGAGUUCAACUUAGUUUGUGAGAGAAGAUGGCUGAAGAGCUGUUCAAAGUCAGUGUUUUUUGCUGGUCGUCUGUUUGGUGCAUUUGUAUUUGGGAUCUUAGCAGACAGUCAUUGAACUCGUUUCAACGAAAUACCGGAGUCCAUUGAAUUUCUCCCUCCAUAUAAUGUAUGCUUUGGGUGUAAUGCUUCUAGUUGGUAUUGCUUAUGCUCUUCCUAGCUGGCGCCACCUGGAGUGUGCCAUCUGUGUACCAUUUGUGGUCUACAUUUUUACCUGGAAGCUUCUACCAGAAUCACCGAGAUGGCUUAUUGGGAGGGAAAGAUAUGCAGAAGCUGGAAUAUUGCUGAAAGAAAUUGCAAAGGCAAACGGCAAAGAUCCAGACAUAAUCAGUGAACAAUUUGAAAGCCUCAUUAUUGAGACGAAAGAGAAGAGAGAAAAGAAGAAAGCAGAAAAGACUUACACGUGUAUUGAUUUGAUAAAAAAACCUUAUCUGGCGUUUAUCUCCUUUAAUGUUUGGUUUAACUGGUUUGCUAACAGCAUGCUGUAUUAUGGAGUAGCGUUAAAUGCCGUUGAUAUGGCAGGAGAUCCCUAUAUCAACUUUUUGAUAAUGGCAGUCGUGGAGAUUCCAGCCUGUCUCGUCUGCAUGUGGUUCUUUCAUUGCUUCGGUCACCGUAAACCAAUUUCAUUCUUCAUGGUAUUUGGUGGAAUUAACUGCAUCAUCUCCAAUUUUAUUGGGAAAGGAUCUGUUUGGAUCCCGUUACUGUUUGCCGUUCUUGGAAAAUUUGGGGCUACUGCAGCAUAUGGAGGAAUUUAUUUAGUAUCAGCAGAAGUAUUUCCAACUGUAGCCCGGUAAGUAUCGAAAUUUGGC